AGCUGUUCACGGACUGACGGUGACGUCGCUGUUGCUCGCAGUGGAGCUUGUGACGCACCUGGAGAUCUUCGCGUUGCUGAUUUCCGCGAUCUGCCACGACUUUGAACAUCCGGGCCUCAACAACACGUUCCUGGCCAACACCUCCAACUCGCUUGCCCUCCGCUACAAUGACAGAUCCAUUCUGGAGAACCACCACUGCGCCAGGGCAUUCUUGUUGAUGAGAAAGCCCGAGACCGAGAUCCUGACCGGUCUCACGGACCUCGAAUACCGCGAGCUUAGGAAGAUCGUCGUCAACUGCAUCCUCUCCACCGACAUGCUCAAGCACGUCGAGAUCGUUACCAAGUGCGCAUCCCGUCCCGUCCCGUUCACGACGAUGGUGGACCAGUUCACGCGUGAAAAUAGGGAGCACAGGGCGCUGCUGCUGGAGAUCAUCCUCAAGUGCGCCGACAUCUCCAACCCCACCCGCCCGCCGCGUAUCGCCGCCUACUGGUCCCAGAUGGUCCAGGAGGAGUUCUUCGCCCAGGGAGACAAGGAGAAGGAGGAAGGCCUGCCCGUGUCGCCCUUCAUGGACCGGGACAACAGCCUGCCCGGCAAAAUGGUGGUCGGUUUCGUUGACUUCUUCGUCGCGCCCCUCUACGCUACCCUCGUCAAGUUGCUGCCCGGGAUGAAGUCCUGCCACGACCGUCUGCUCGACAACCGGGCACGAUUCGCGCUCCUGGCCCAGGAGGCCGAGGACAAGAAGAAGGCGGCCACCACCGCCGCCGCCGCUGCCGCAGCAAACCAGGGAGGCAGCGGCAGCCCGGCCACGCCCGCCAGCAGUCCUCCUAACGGCAGCGCCAAGGCUGAGUAG